AUGGCGGCCACUGCACUAUGUAACUGGAAAUUCAAUCUUGUACAGAGUGGAGUUCAUCAUGCCAUGAACCCGGAUCCAUACAGAGGAAUCUUUGGUUCAGAUGGUGAAAUGUAUGCAAAAGAUGUUCAAGAUCUAAUUCAAUUCGGAACUUGUGGCCAUGUUGCGGCUUUUAUAUCUGAAGCUAUACAGGGAGUUGCCGGGAUUGUUGAGUUAGCUCCAGGUUACUUGCCUGCAGUAUAUAGCAUCAUCAGAAAUGCAGGAGGCCUUUGUAUUGCUGAUGAGGUUCAGACUGGAUUUGCUCGCACAGGUAGCCAUUUUUGGGGAUUUGAGGUCCAUGGAGUUGUGCCUGACAUAGUUACAAUGGCCAAGGGUAUCGGAAAUGGAAUUCCUCUUGGUGCCGUGGUAACUACUCCUGAGAUUGCUGAGGUCUUGACUCAUCGAACUUACUUUAACACCUUUGGAGGGAAUCCUGUAUGUACUGCAGCAGGACUUGCCGUUCUCAGGGUGAUCGAAAAAGAAAAACUUCAGGAGAAUGCUCAUGUUGUUGGAUCCUACCUGAAACAGCGUCUUAAUGCCCUCAAAGCCAAGCAUGAAAUUAUCGGGGAUGUGAGAGGAAGAGGACUGAUGCUCGGGGUUGAACUAGUCACAGACCGCCGACGCAAAACUCCGGCAAAGGUCGAAACUCUGCAUUUGAUGGAGCAAAUGAAAGAUAUGGGAUUACUGAUUGGAAAGGGAGGCUACUAUGAAAAUGUUCUCAGAAUUACACCUCCACUUUGUUUCUCUAAGGAGGAUGCUGACUUUCUGGUGGAAGUAAUGGACUAUAGUAUGAUGAAGCUUUGAGGGCCCUACUCACUUUGUACAGUCGCCCAGAAUAAAAGACAGCUCUUUCUCACGGAGGACAAGGAGCUUGCCAGGAAAUUCAAUGCAAGUAGUCUAAAAAUUGAUUUCCCUCUUGAAUCUUAGUAUCAAAAACUUCUAACAUCAUCAGAAUAAAUUGUGUAAUAGACUUGCUUUCGUGGGAAGGGAUCGUAUCUGCAUACCGAGUCAAUGAUUCAUUAGCGCAAUAUUGUUUCCUCCUUGCUUUUCCUUUAAAUUGUAAGUAGCAGUUUACUGAUAAUAGCCUUUGUGUGAAGUUGAAUUUGGAGAAAUGAUUUUGUGAAAAGUGUUUUUUUUUUCU